CCGUCCGUCAGUAUCUAACAUCGAGUUCCUCGCAGGGUGCAUUCUUCUUGGAGUCCAACAGCUAUCUGCUCCUGGAAAGCUACAAUUUGCCUAUCAAACCAGGUUUGUUCUGUCUGGAUGACCUCCGAAGUCCCACAUCAUCACCCCAGCCCAUCGCUGUCGUGUGUCAUCCCAUGAUAGAAGAAAGCACCGCAGAAGAGUUUGAAGCGCAGUGUCCAGGUGAAGUUUGCAUCCAGAAAUGCUGUGCUGCAGGCUUUCAUCUGUUCAACACCACGUGCAUCCCCACACAACUGCAAUGGGAGCCGACGUUCUAUGAGGGAGACGAUCUGUUCAUUGGUGAAGUUGCUCAUACCGUUUUGUAUGGGAAGACCAACUGUGAGGACGGCGAAACCUUCAUAUUUAGCGAGAGAUUGGGCGAGCUCGACGCUCCGUAUGUACAGACAAACGGAAAGCUGCAUGUGACAGGGCUUAACCUCACAUUUGAGGCGCACCAGUGUUGCCUGGAAUACGAGACCUACUACAACUUGAAGACACAGAGGAAUGACAUCGCUGAAAUCGCUUUUUGUUGUUUUCCAUAUGACAAGGAAGCUGGGAUCAUGGCAGCCGUGAACAAUGUUCUCCUUACCCUAUCAGCGAUCUGCCUGUUCGUCAUGCUGGCAAUUUACAUGUUGGUGCCUGAUCUGAGGAACAUCCACGGAAAGUGCUUGAUGUCGCACGCUGCCGCGCUCUUCGUCGCCUUCUUCCUCACCGUCUACAACCAGUUUGCUCGCAUUCCGCUUGGCGACAGCUGCGAAGCUUUAGGUAUGUUGCUGUACUACUCGUUCAUCGCUGCCCUCUUCUGGCUGAACGUGAUGAGCUUCGACAUCUGGUGGACCUUUGCGCCCCUUGUUUUCAGACACCUGCGCACGCAGCCGCCGUCCGAGCGGUCGCUGCGACACCGGUUCAUCCGACACUCGCUGUACGCGUGGGGCGUGCCGCUGGUGAUGACCGGCCUGCUGGCGUUCUUCAACUACGCGCCCACCUCGGUCAUCCCUGACGGCACCAUCGUGCGGCCCGGCAUCGGCGAGCGGCAAUGCUUCCUCUCCACCCCGGAGGGAGAGCUAUAUUACUUCUACAUACCGAUCUUCAUCGUCACGGGAGUAAACAUCAUCUUUUUUAUCGCCACGGCCUGGACGCUGUACAAAGCUGAGCAAAACUCCCGAAUACUUCAGCGGAAGCGGACCGCUCGGGACAGGCUGAAGGUGUACGUGAAUCUGUUCAUCAUCAUGGAAGUCAGCUGGAUAGCUGAAUGCUUGUCCACACAGAUAGAACCGAAACAGCUCUGGUACUUCACGGACAUCAUCAACGCCUCCCAGGGAACGCUGAUCUUCCUCCUGUUCAUCGUGCGCUCCUCCACACGCCGGGCGAUCAAAAACCGAUUUUUGGAGCUCACCAAAUACGGCUUUAACCCAUCUGCUCGCAAGGUGCGCCCAGCGGGGAGAGACGACCAGAACCCGCCCUCCUCCCGUACCAAGACAACUGGGAGUGGCAACUCGGGCGCCAGCAGGAGUGCCCAGUCGGACGGCAUACCAAUGACCGAUGUCCAGCAAGGUGGCGCCGUCAAAACAGGGGAGGCGAACAGUGACAACAGCAAGGCGACGCCAUGCAACCCCGACAAGAGCACCCACGACAACCCGUGCUAAGUGCGCUGUCCGUCGCCCGUUCGAUGAGCAAACGGCAUGUGUGGGCCGACGGGGCGCUGGAGGAGAGACUGUAGACGCACAGAGUCAUGACUGGGCACGCAGGGCACGUCCCGUCGAUCGCACCACGCCAUUGGACUGAAGACCGUGCUCCUGUUAAAUCGCUGUUGCACUGGUGUGUUCUGACUCGCUCUGCGCUUGUUUGCGUCGCUUGUGAAGUAUGCUGGCACGAACUCUGGCUGGGAGGACAGCACGGGGUAGUGUUGUCUGUGUAUCUCAUGCGGCGCCGCAGCCGGCUAAAUGCUCCCAUGAUAUGGUAGCGAGCCUCUCCGUACUGCUGGCUGGCACUGCCCUUGGCCACAGUUUUCUCGGUGUUUGCCGCGACGUGUCCAUCUGCCCAGACACCUGUCGGCGAAUGUUUAUACUACAAGUAUACUGCGCGCGGUUUGGUGGCAGCACGGGCGCGUGUCACGACUGACUUAUUUUGUCGUGUUGACUUCGUUGCCAUGUUAGUCAACCAUUGAUUGCUGAUAAGAUCAGAGAUUGUUCCACAGGGUAUUGUCUUAAAAUGGGACCUUUGCAAAACAAAUUUUACGCUUGAUCACGUCGAGGAAACACUAAGGUGGUGUUAUGCUGUAUUUACCGUCGUCAUUACCGGUCACCCGUGGCUUUCUUGUCGAUAUCAUGGGAUCGUGCGUGCUGUAUGGUUACGUAAAAUCACAUCGCUGUGAAGUCAAUGAUUCAUAUUGCGUUCAUCGUGAAAGUUUGAUGAGAUAGUCAUAUAAAAUAGGAAGCUGACGAAGUAGGUGCAUUUUUUGUGUGCCUUGUUGGUUUACGAUUUUCGGAUAGAUACCCGGAGCGCCAUCGCAAUGGUCGAGUAAUUUGUUAUUGUGAUCAGCGGCAGGAAUGGAUGGCGUUAGCUACGCAUUGCUUGUUUAUUGUGGUCAUGCGAAUGGGUACGUCAUCUAGGGACGCACUCAGCCAGAAGGUGCCAUAUAGUAUAUACAUGAGAUAAGCAUGAUGGACAGUGGUACAUCAGCAGAGCGCAGUUGAUCUAUUAUGUUACAUAAGAUCUGAGGGCGUGCAUGGCUUGCCUGCCAAUUUUUUACUGCGUUGUCAUUCGUGUGCCAAGAAAAUUUGCAUGCCCUGGGAGAAAAGGCAUGAGAAUUUCAUAAGUUCAAAACACCGCUCGGAUUUCACUGGUAUCACUUGGGAGCUAUUGAUUUUGUCGCUGUUGACCGUGCCAGUGUUACUCUUUAUGACAGCGUGUCGUGUCGUGCUGUCGUAUCUGGCUUGACGCCGUCGAAUCAGAGUCAAAGCCAACGAACGUGAUUCCUGCGCUGUUGCAGUCACUGCCGCGGAAUCCGUCACGUAAGGUAAGUUUGAACAGGGUUGAAGAAAUGUUUAAAUAGGGUUUUAAUGUUUGCAAGGCGGCUUAAACUGUGAAAGUGACAUGUCUGGACUGACCAAAGGCUGUGUGGACACUAAUGUUCAUUUUGUACUUUUCACCAUUUGUUUGUGAUAGCUGUCAUGGAUGUCGCACAUACGACCAGUCUUGGAAUACAGUGUGUUUAUUUGUUAAUAA